GCAUUUUCGUCAUUAAAGGGUAGUGUUGCAACAAACAAAGAACUUGGGGUGGUUUUAUGUCCAAAAAAAAUAAAAAUAAAAAAUGGAAGGAAGUUUUCAGCCAAAAAUUGAAAUGAUACGGGGUUUUAUGCAAUUUCCCCAAAAUUAAAAUGUGCCAUAAGCAUUUGUAAACAAUAUAGUCUUAAAAGCAUUAUAACCCUUUUAUUCCACCAUUAUUGACCCACCAGUUUCUAUGGCUACACUUUUUCAAAACCCCAUUUCACACCUCUUAACUAUUUUCACUCUCUUUUGCUUCAUCACAAUUCCGUCCACCGGAGCGAAUUACGGCUUCCUCAAAUCAAUCGUUGCGAAAAAAAUCGAGCUUGGGAAAGAAAAAUUAAGCCACUUUCGAUUCUAUUGGCACGACAUCACCGCAGGCAAAAAUGCUAGUGUGGUCACGGUGGUGCAACCACCCUCCAACGCAUCGGCCACCUCUUUCGGGAUGAUUAAUGUCAUCGAUGACCCGUUGACCGAAGGUCCCCAACUGAGCUCGAAAUUGGUUGGCAGGGCUCAAGGUUUUUAUACUCUGUCGUCGCAACAAGAGAUUAGUCUAUUAAUGGCUAUGAACUUCGUGUUUGUUGAAGGCAAGUAUAAUGGAAGCACGAUCACCGUGCUAGGAAGGAACACGGUACUCAAUAAGUUUAGAGAGAUGCCGGUGAUCGGAGGGAGUGGUCUUUUCCGACUUGCUCGCGGUUUUGCUCGGCUCAAAACUUACAAAUUUGACAUCAAGUCCGGUACAGCCACUGUUGAGUACAAUGUCUAUGUGCUGCAUUAUUAUUAAUGUUUGGCCUUUGUUUUUUCCCUUCUUGUGCUCGUGAAAAAGUUUGAAUAAUUAAUCAUUGGCUGUUGGCCACUUUCUAUGUCUAUUGCUCAGACCGGGUCCACCAAAAAUAAAUAAAUACCAAACUCAUCUAUCAAAUGUUUUUUUUUUUUUCUUG